AAUCAGCUGAUGACUGUGCUGGGAAAACGACAGCUGAUGACUGUGCCCAUUUAACCAACAAUGGUUAGGCCUUUUUAUUUUAUUUUAUUUUACAGUUUCUACCUAAAAUAAUGAACAUAGGUGAACUGCAAUAAGUUAAUAUGCAAACAACAAUUAGGCCAUUCAUGGAUAUCUAAUGUUUAGGCAACUACAGGCACCAGAGGACAUGACAUAUGAGGGAAUGGAUGGAUAGAUUGCCAUUGUGCUUUCAAAUUCAAAUUCAGUCCAUGAUAUCCCAUUACAAUAAUGCAUGAAAGCAGUAAUCUACAUCAUGUGUCAGCAACAAAGGCCUACACGAGUGAAGUAAGAAAGGGAGAGUUAAUAGAUUUCCUGAGAAGUCUGCUUGCAAUAAAAUGUGUUUCAGCAGACCUAUGGGUGAGUUCAGAUCCCCUCGGGACUGAAGGUAGAGUGGAGCGCAAGGGUCAGGUCCUCGGGAGACCUGCAACUCUCAGAGUGAAUGGUCCUCCUGUUCAAGACGAGGUUUGGCCUAGGGAUGCCACUUUAACGUUUGUUAUAACCUCACUGCGGGAACUGUAAAGGAACCGUCUGCAGUCCACAUCGGGGCCUCUCUUUCAGGAAUAUGCACAUAUAAUCCCUGACAUCACAUUUUGAAAAUGGCAGCAUUUAAAGAGAUGUUGAUUUUCCCAGUUCUUCUAACCCUGUUUGGAUUGACCAAAUGCCAGGAAUUGCCAAGUUAUGAUAUGCUGGAGGAAUUCCGUGUGUCUGAGUCCAGAGGGGUGAGGAGAGUGAACGGAUCUGAGCCUGAUUCAGUUGCCUAUCGUGUGAACCCUACCAUCCACCUACGGAAAACCAUGAGGGAGGUGUACCCCGACGGACUCCCCUCCGACUACUCUGUCAUCGCCACGUUUAAGUUGACAAAGGCCACCGCCCAGAGGUCCUGGAACCUGUGGCAGGUCAGCGACCCCGACGGACGUGAACAGGUGGGCCUCCGUUUCCAGGGCGACACGCGCUCUCUGGACUUCUUCUAUACCAGCCCGCACGGCACUCAGAUGCUGCGCACGUUCCAUCGAGUGGAGAAGCUGUUCAAUGGCGAGUGGCACAAGUUGGCGCUACAGGUCAAGGGCGACAAGGUCAGGCUUCUGGUGGAUUGCGAGGAGGUGAGCGUGGAGCCCAUCGACGAUCCCAGACCUGUCAUCAGCCAGGGUUCCACCUACAUCAUUAAGAGGGCAGCGGGAGACCGAACCACCUCAGUAGACCUCCAGCAGAUGGAUGUUUCCUGCGAUCCAGAGAAGGCCUACUCAGAAGGCUGCUGUGAGCUCUCCAGUGUGUGUGGAGGGUAUGCUGAGAUUGGCCUGACAGCGGGAAAGGCCACCUGUAAGUGUAUGCACGGACAGCCUGGCAACCAGGGACCCCCAGGACCAAAGGGUCACAGAGGUCUCCCAGGGAACACAGGAGAGCCAGGAAGACUAGGCAACUGGGGAGGGCGGGGACAGACGGGUGACUACGGCCACCUUGGGGAGCCAGGUCCUAAGGGCAAUGAAGGAAUCAAAGGAAACAAGGGAAUGAGAGGAAUUCACGGCUUAGAUGGCAACCGAGGUCCUAAAGGUCUGAAGGGAUUGAAAGGAGCUGCAGGCUUCAAGGGAACUCAGGGAUCAGCUGGAGAGCUGGGUUCGACCGGUGAGAAAGGAGAAAUGGGUAAUCCAGGUCCACUUGGAUUUGAAGGAAUUCCAGGUUUUAUGGGAGUAAAGGGAGAGAAAGGAGCCCCUGGUGUUGAAGGGCAUCAUGGGCUAAAGGGAAAACAGGGGAUUGUGGGUGAUCCUGGAGAGACAGGAGCUGCUGGAGAAAAAGGCAAACCUGGAACCCAAGGAGUAAAAGGAAGAUACGGCACCAUUGGACCAAAGGGCAUUAUUGGAGAUCCUGGUUUGCCUGGUAGAGAUGGGGACCCAGGAAUAGAGGCCUACCAAGGACCACAGGGCCCGGACGGCAGAAGUGGAACAUUUGGAAUAAUGGGAGAGAAAGGAAUGCUGGGGUCAGCAGGGGAGAUGGGGCCUCAAGGCCAAACUGGCCCCAGAGGUUAUAAAGGGUCAGCAGCAAAGCCAGGAAGACCCGGAUUUAUUGGACCCCCAGGACCUGUGGGCCAUAUGGGACUACCUGGCCGGCCGGGCCCCAAGGGAAAUACAGGUAUUCAAGGAAUCCAAGGUGUCAAAGGCGCUAAGGGAGAAAAGGGAGAAAAGGGGCCCAAAGGCACGGUUGGAGACAUGGGUGCUCAGGGUCCCAGUGGUGGUCAGGGGAAGCGCGGACCGGGUGGUGAGCCUGGACGCAAAGGCCCGGUGGGCACUAAGGGGGUACGGGGUGACGGAGGACCGGUUGGAUUUCAGGGCCCUCCAGGGCCACCGGGCCCAACGCUUCCCGCUCAACACGUGAUCGAGGUCUGCAAGAGAGUGGUCCUGGAACAGAUGUCCACUUUUGCCAACUCCAUAAAGAGGACGUGCGCCGCCGUGUGCCCUCUCUACGGAGAUGUGCCCAUGGGUGCUCCAGGUCCCACAGGACAGAAGGGUCCCCCGGGACCUCCAGGCAGUGAUGGUACUGAUGGUGUGACUGGAGAAAUCGGACAACCAGGUUUCUAUGGGGAAGCUGGAGACGCAGGCAAGCAAGGGCCAACAGGUGAUCAAGGAGACCAAGGAGACAAGGGAGCUAAGGGCCAUGGCCUACCCGGCUACAUGGGUGACCAGGGUCCUAAGGGCCAACGAGGAAGACCUGGCAGAGCCUUCAAUGGCACACAAGGACGAGAGGGCGAGAGAGGCCACGUAGGAAGACCUGGAUUAAGAGGCCAUCCGGGACUCAGAGGUGUCCCUGGUGUGUGUCAAACCACUGGGUGUGCUCUGCUAAACAAUGACUCCCCCACUGGAUCACCUCAGAACGCACCUGAGAGGUUGAGAAGACGUCCAUAGAGGCAAAUAGAAAACUCUAGAUUGGAAUGAAAGCGGGGACGGAGGAACGUGGGAGAGAAGUUUUGUUGAUAAAUAAAUGCUUUAAUGUAAAUAUGCAUUCAAUCUCCACUCUAAAAGACUGAGAUACAUCCUUUUGCCUUAAACAAAUAUGCGCUAGAAACAUGUACUGUUGGACUUAAAACAACUGUCAAUUGCCAAAAAUAUCCUGAAAGUCUAUUUGACACUCUUUAUUUAAACUGAUCUCUUAUCAGUCCCAGUUAUCUUCAGAUGUCACUGUUCUUUAUAAUAAAAUUCUGAAAAACAA